AUGUUAAAAGUUAUUCUACCAAUAAUUAUACUUCUACCAAUUACCCUACUAUCCCCAGCAAAAUUCAUAUGAACUAAUACUACAAUAUACAGCCUCCUAAUCUCCUUAAUUAGUCUACAUUGACUAACCCCAUCAUACUACCCCCUAAAAAACCUUACUCCCUGAACUGGCACUGAUCAAAUCUCAGCUCCACUACUUGUCCUAUCCUGCUGAUUUCUCCCUCUUAUAAUCAUAGCCAGCCAAAACCACUUACAACACGAACCCCAUAUUCGUAAACAAAUAUUCGUCUCCACUCUAAUUAUUAUCCAACCAUUUAUCAUCUUAGCAUUCUCGACAACAGAACUUAUAUUAUUUUACAUUUCAUUUGAAGCAACACUAAUCCCAACCCUAAUCUUAAUCACACGCUGAGGAAAUCAACCCGAACGACUCAGUGCAGGUAUUUAUCUUCUAUUUUAUACCUUAAUCAGCUCACUCCCCCUAUUAGUAUCCUUCCUCCACCUUCACUCAGAAGUAGGAACACUUCACUUACCCAUCCUCAAACUAACUCAUCCAAACUCAUCAACUUCAUGAACCACCCUAUUAUCUAGUCUAGCCCUCUUAAUAGCAUUUAUGGUCAAAGCACCCCUCUACGGCCUUCACUUAUGAUUACCCAAAGCCCACGUAGAAGCACCAAUUGCAGGCUCCAUAUUACUCGCCGCCCUACUACUCAAAUUAGGCGGAUAUGGCAUUAUACGAACAACCCUACUAAUGCAACCCUUAUAUAACCUCCUUCAUUAUCCAUUCCUCACCCUAUCCCUAUGAGGCGCCCUAAUAACCAGCUCCAUCUGUCUACGCCAAACAGACCUAAAAUCCCUCAUUGCCUAUUCAUCAGUAAGCCACAUGGGCUUAGUAAUCGCUGCAAGCAUAAUCCAAACCCAAUGAUCCUACUCAGGAGCAAUAAUUCUCAUAAUCUCCCACGGACUUACAUCAUCCCUCCUAUUUUGUUUAGCAAACACCAACUAUGAACGAACACACAGUCGCAUUCUCAUCCUUACACGAGGCCUACAACCCCUUUUACCCCUAAUAUCUCUCUGAUGACUCCUAGCCAACUUAACCAAUAUGGCUCUGCCCCCAACAACUAAUCUAAUAGCAGAACUAACUAUUAUGAUUGCCCUCUUUAACUGAUCCCCCCCUACAAUUUUCCUAACCGGAAUUGCAACACUUCUAACUGCCUCCUACACCCUAUACAUACUACUAUCCACUCAGCGAGGAACUCUACCAACCCACAUUACAACAACCCCAAACUCAAACACACGAGAACAUCUCCUCAUAACACUUCACAUCACUCCAAUACUAGCCCUCAUCCUAAAACCAGAACUAAUUUCAGGAACCCCUAUAU